CUCUGUUUCAGGAGUUAUUUCUAAUUCAUAAACAUCGCAAUUUCCUGAAGUUGUUGACCAGAUUUUGUAGUUUUUCUGAAUGACCUAUCGUAUGUGUACAUGUACAUGCCUUUGCUCUCCAAUUACUGGACCAAGAUCUUCACAGUGAUUUCAUUUGAUUUGUUCAAUUGUAAAUUUGAUUGUGUACAAGUAAGCACCGAUCAUGUCUGUGGAUAUGAAUAGCCAAAGCUCAGAUGACAGCGAUUAUGAUGAUGACGAUGACAAUGAAGGGGAUAUGUAUGAUUACUAUGACAAUGAUGAUCAUGAAGAUGGUGACAAGCCAGAGAAUAAAUACGAUGAUCCAGAGUACUUUGAGCAAGAGUCUCUCUCUGUUGAGCAAGUUAAUGCAUUUCUUGAUGAGGAAGUUGACAAAGCUAGCAAAACUCUGAAGGUGUCUCCAACCAUUGCAAAGGUGCUUUUAAAAGUGCAUAACUGGGUACCUUCGGAGCUAUUACAAAGAAAUGCUGAAGAUAAAACUAAUCUGUUGGUAGAAACCCAUAUUAUACCUCCUCCUUGUUCUAAGAAAGCUAAGUUGACUGGCCCUCCAAGUAAUGGUAUGUGUCCUGUAUGUCUUCAGAAGACAAGUGUAGAUAAAUUAAAUGCCUUGGCAUGCAAGCAUUAUUUCUGUAAAGAUUGUUGGACUAUGCAUUUCUGUGUUCUUAUUGAAGAUGGUGUGUCAACAGGUAGGUCUAUGUCAACAUCACAGAUAAUUAUAUACCAGGGGUUUAAUCAUUUUCAGUUAUCGUUUUGUCCUGGUCCUGGAUGUGAUAUUGUAUUGAAAGCUGAACAGCCAGCAGCUAAAAGGGCUAUCUGUACAAAGUGCAAUAAUUCAUUCUGUUUUAAGUGCAAGCUACACUACCAUGCCCCAACAGAAUGUGAAGUUAUCAAAAAAUGGUUAACCAAAUGUCGAGAUGACUCUGAAACUGCAAACUAUAUUAGUGCACAUACGAAAGAUUGCCCUAAGUGCAGUGUUUGUAUAGAGAAGAACGGAGGAUGUAACCAUAUGCAAUGCUAUAAAUGUAAACAUGAUUUCUGCUGGAUGUGUUUAGGAGACUGGAAGAACCACGGCAGUGAAUACUAUGAAUGCAGUCGUUAUAAAGAAAAUCCCAACAUAGCUAAUGAAUCAGUUCAUGUUCAAGCCAGAGAAGCACUCAAAAAAUAUUUAUUCUAUUUUGAAAGGUGGGAAAACCAUUCUAAGAGUUUAAGAUUAGAAGAGGAGACAUUUAAAAAGAUUAAUCAAAGAAUAGAAGAUAAAGUGAUGAAGAAUGCUGGUACCUGGAUUGACUGGCAGUAUCUAUUGGAUGCUGCUGCAUUAUUAGCUAAAUGCCGAUAUACAUUGCAGUACACCUACCCAUAUGCUUAUUUUAUGGAAGCAGGACCAAGAAAGAAACUGUUUGAAUAUCAACAAGCUCAACUAGAAGCUGAAAUAGAGAACCUCUCAUGGAAAGUAGAAAGAGCUGAGACAACUGAUAGAGGGGAUUUAGCCAACCAAAUGGAUAUAGCUGAAACGAGACGGCUAACACUCUUAAAAGAUUUUCUUCCACAUUGAGAAGACAUUGCUGUGAUCCAUGUAAAUUAAAUCUCAGAUGACCAGGCUUGUAUCGGUGAUGGGGGAAUACAGUGAUGUACUAUAGCUUCCUGCAAAAUAUUAGUUUGAUAGAAAGCCUACAAAAUGUGAUUGAACAGAUCUGUCGUUUUACUAGUUGGCAGAUUAUAGUACUGUGAAUUGCUUUAUUUAAGCCUGGAUUUAUUUUCAUUUGGGCUGGCACAUUUUUUUUUAAUUCACUGAAUUGUCAUAGCAAUGGGAAACGAAUAUUCCCAUUCUUUCAGUGAAAAUAACAGUAAAAUACAGUAUUCUGGGGUCCAUGUCAUCAAAACAUCUACAUCCGCACUAGAAGUGUUAAAUAACGAGAAUGUACCAAAAUCAAUAAACUGCCAACAUGCCAUUCACUUAUAAAGUAUGUGUUUCACCAAUUUUAAUUCCAUUGGUAAAUUAUUACUAAAAUCAAUAUGUGUGUGCAGCUUUGCUUUGAAUUUCAUUUUCUAUAUCUUCCCAAAAUUCACCCAAACGGUGUGUUAUUUGUUUUUUUUAAUUAUGAUACAGAUACUGUAGAAUACUUUAUUUUCGCUUGGAAUUUAUUUUCGCUAUUUUCACUGAAGGGAUGAUUCCGUGAAAAUAAAAUCCAGCGAAUAUACUUUUUUUCUUAUAUUUCACAUUAAAUUCAUGAAAAAUCAGUGAAAAUAAAUUCCAAGCAAAACGUCCAAAAAGCCUUUUCAGCGAAAAUUAAUUCCAGCGAAAAUAAAAGUAUUCCACAGUAAUAAAGGUCAUUCUAGUUUUUACUUGAAUGAUGAUGUUUCUGUAAUGAGUGUACAAGUUAAUCUUGUGUGGUCCCUUUCAACAGAAACUAACAGCUUUAACAGUUUUAUGCAAGUUAUGCCUUGCUGGUAUAGUUGAAUGUGCUAUGUAAUCCUAACUUUUGUGGUACUCUAUCAUUUUGCAUAUGUGCAUUUCUCAUUGGAGUUCUGGUAACAGUUGUCCUAAAGCCUACUCUAAUUUUGUAUUACAGUUGCACUUUGAAAGCUUUAUUCGGGUCUUUGCAUUAUUAUGUGAAAUAUUUGAUGGUCUGAAUUUGCAUGGAUUUGUGAGAUGGAUUUCAUAAAUGUGCAAAUUCCAAUAAUGUGUUUGAACACUGAUAACUGUUUGAUUGUGUGUUCAAAUUUGCUUUGCUUUGCCUAAAGUUUUUGAAUCGUGUGCCAAAAAACAUGGACUCACAAUGAUUCAUUUUUGUUCCAAAUUACUCACUGUAAUUUUUUGCAUACUAGUUCCAAGACCGCAAAUAAAGCUUCAUGAAUGAUCUCAAAGUGCAAGUUUGAUAUUUGAUUUUCUCCACAAAAUGUUCGGAGUGAUUUAAAAAAGUCUUUGUGGCCUAGAAACAAGUCUAAAUUAUACAUAUGUGAACAGAUGUGGGAGUUGAUUAUUCCAAAACAAAAGUGCUCAAUACAAAGUAUAUGUAGA